AUGACCGCUUACUCUUGGAAACCCUUGGAUGUUGCUGUUUUAGGAGGAGGUCUAGGUGGCCUUUCCGCAGCCAUUGCUUUAAGGCGAGCAGGCCAUAACGUCACAAUUUAUGAACGCUACGACUACGCAGGCGAGGUUGGAGCAUCACUUUCUGUUGCUUCAAACGGAGGUAAAUGGUUACACGACUGGGAAAUCGAUACUAAGGAGGCUAAGCCUGUUAUUUUGAAGGAUUUGGUCAGACACGAUUGGGCCACUGGAGAUGUCGAGGGUGUGUUCUCUUUGGGUGACUAUAAAGCCAAAUUUGGAUUUCCUUAUUACAACUUUCACCGUAUUGAUAUUCAUGAUGUCCUUAAAAAAUAUGCAACGGCCGCUGAAGGCAAGGGUGAGCCCUGCAAGCUUAUUCUCAACCAUAAAGCCGUGGAAGUUGACUACGAGACAGGAUACGUGAAGUUCGAAAAUGGCAAUGAGACCAGCGUUGAUUUGAUCAUUGCGGCAGAUGGUAUUCGAACAUUGACAAAGCCCCAGUUGGGAAUCACGCCAGAAUUCAGAAACCAGGACUCAUCAUGUAUCAGAGUGCUAUUUGACACUGAGAAAGUGAGGGAGUUGGGACUUGCUGACUUCUCCGAAAACGCAGCAAUUGAGUUUUGGGGAGGCAAAGAUAAGAACAAGAUCGUCUUAUCGCCAUGCUCAGACAAUAGUGUGGUUUCAUGUUACUGUUUCUAUGCAGCAAAUCCCGAAGACGUCAAAGAUGGCUGGCACAACGAGAUCCUGGUAGAAAAACUUUUGGCUUGUGUCCCAGACUUGGAUCCCAAGUUGGUGGAACUCUUUGUGAAGUGUGGCUACGAUAUCAAACAAUGGAGAUUAUACGUCCACGAGCCACUACCAUACUUCUUCAAGGCCAGUGCCGAUGGAUCCAAGGGAGUUGCGUUAUUAGGGGAUGCUUGUCAUCCAAUGAUGCCAGAUCAGUCACAAGGUGCUUGCGCAGCAUUUGAGGACUCUGGGGCCUUGGGAUACAUAUUCUCUAAGAAGUUCAACUUCACAGUUGCCGAGGGUCUAGCACUUUAUGAGAAAGAGAGGAAGCCCAGAGUUACACGCAUUCAACAAGCAUCUUUGAGAGCCAGAGAGAAUCUCAACGAGAGGAUUGGUUGGAGCUCUAAGGCCGAAGACCUUAGCGAGAACAAACUUACUAUUGAAGAAGUAUGUGGAUAUGACAUGAAGAAGCACAUCGAUGAGCUUGCAGGUUUAUAA